CCGUGCGUGCAGCGGCUCAUCUGAGCCGUCCGCCUCCCCAGCACCCAAACCCUAUAACUACGACGCGAGAGCCCUCGCCGCCAAUCUUCCUCACGCUUCCCGCCGCCGACGCCAGCCGACCGAGCGCGCUCACCGCACCGCCGCCGCCGUCGCAGCCAUGGUGAACGUUCCAAAGACCAAGAAGACCUACUGCAAGAACAAGGAGUGCAAGAAGCACACCCUUCACAAGGUCACUCAGUACAAGAAGGGUAAAGACAGUCUGUCUGCCCAGGGAAAGCGCCGUUAUGACAGGAAGCAGUCGGGAUAUGGUGGUCAGACCAAGCCUGUCUUCCACAAGAAGGCAAAAACCACCAAGAAGAUUGUGCUGAAGCUGCAGUGCCAGAGCUGCAAGCACUACUCUCAGCGCGCCAUCAAGAGGUGCAAGCAUUUUGAGAUUGGUGGAGACAAGAAGGGCAAGGGAACAUCACUCUUCUAGAUUUCUUUCACCUAUCUGUACUCGUUGUGGUCAAGAACUAUUACUGCUUGUCUUAAUGUAUCGAUGUUAUGAGUUGAACCAACCAGACAUUGUCCUGUAUCCAAACCUGUUUAUCUGGCAUUUGAGCAACGAUUGACUUUUUUGCAAAA